ACGCACCAAUUAGUUGUCAGUUGUCUAACAUUUGUUCUCGCUACAACGUCAAAAAUAUGACUUUCAAAGUUCUGUUCUCGCUUCUCGCUGUGCUUCUGUGCGCCAAUGCUGUCUUCGGUGUGAAAAUCAUUAGCAAAGCACAAUGGGGUGGUCGUUCCGCAACUAGCCGCUCCUCCUUGGCUAGUGGUUUAUCGUACGCCGUUAUCCAUCACACCGCCGGUGCUUACUGCUCCACCCAAGCCUCGUGCUCCCAACAGAUGCGUAACAUUCAGAGCUACCACAUGGACUCUUUGGGCUGGGCUGAUAUCGGUUACAACUUCCUGAUCGGUGGUGAUGGUCAAGUGUAUGAGGGUCGUGGCUGGAGCACAAUGGGCGCUCAUGCCACCAAUUGGAACUCCAAGUCGAUUGGCAUAUCCUUCAUGGGCAACUACAACAACGACAAACCCACCGCUGCUCAGAUCGCUGCUGCCAAGGGUCUGCUUGCUGAUGCUGUCUCUCGUGGUCAAAUCAAGUCUGGUUAUAUUCUGUAUGGACAUCGUCAAGUCGGUUCCACUGAGUGCCCCGGUAACAACUUGUAUGCCGAGAUCAAGAAAUGGCCCAACUAUCGGGCCUAAACUUUUCUGUGUUUAACAGGAUAUUGUAGAAAUUAAAGCAAAACGAUUAAUAUGAAAAUACA